CCUAAGGCGCGGGGCGGGGCCGUAGGCGGUGCGGGCGGCGGCGGCGGCGGCGGGGCCAGGACCCAGACAUCUGGGACUGUUGUUGUUCUCUCGCGGCGCGACCGCCUCAGUCACUUCGCCCAGAGACCCGGACCUGGUCCGCUGGGGAGCAGGCGGCCAUAAAUCCCCUCUCUCACAGUUCCCUGACGCCGCGGCAGGAGCUGUUACAAACACCCUGCGGUUGGUCUCCGAUGCCCUUCAGUGAGGUGGGGACGCCUGGACCCUGGUGAGCGAACCCCAAGCCACCCCCCACCCCAACUCAGUGUCUUCGCCGGCCCCCGGCCCGUACACCUGUCUGGUCGCCAUGGCUGAAAACACAGAGGGGGAUCUGAACUCCAACCUGCUCCACGCCCCCUACCACACCGGGGACCCUCAGCUGGACACGGCCAUCGGGCAGUGGCUCCGCUGGGAUAAGAAUCCCAAAACAAAAGAGCAGAUUGAAAACCUGUUACGGAAUGGGAUGAAUAAGGAGCUGCGAGAUCGUCUUUGUUGCCGAAUGACUUUUGGGACUGCAGGACUUCGUUCUGCCAUGGGGGCAGGGUUUUGCUAUAUUAAUGACCUUACAGUAAUACAGUCAACACAGGGGAUGUACAAAUACCUUGAGAGAUGUUUCUCAGACUUCAAGCAGAGAGGCUUUGUGGUUGGGUAUGACACUCGGGGUCAAGUAACUAGCAGCUGCAGCAGCCAGAGGCUUGCUAAACUCACUGCUGCAGUCUUGCUGGCCAAAGAUGUUCCUGUGUACCUUUUUUCAAGAUAUGUUCCUACACCUUUUGUACCAUAUGCAGUUCAGAAGCUCAAAGCAGUUGCAGGUGUGAUGAUUACUGCCUCUCACAACCGCAAGGAAGACAAUGGAUACAAGGUUUACUGGGAAACUGGUGCUCAGAUCACGUCUCCUCAUGAUAAAGAAAUUCUAAAAUGUAUAGAAGAAUGUGUGGAACCCUGGAAUGGUUCCUGGAAUGAUAAUUUAGUGGAUACCAGCCCGCUGAAGAGAGACCCUCUGCAGGACAUUUGCAGGAGAUACAUGGAAGAUCUGAAAAAGAUCUGUUUUUACAGGGAGUUAAACUCGAAGACCACCUUGAAAUUUGUGCACACAUCUUUUCAUGGGGUCGGACAUGACUAUGUGCAGUUGGCUUUUAAAGUGUUUGGUUUUAAGCCUCCAAUUCCAGUACCAGAACAAAAAGAUCCUGAUCCAGACUUUUCUACUGUUAAAUGUCCAAAUCCUGAAGAAGGAGAAUCUGUGCUGGAACUUUCCCUGAGACUGGCAGAGAAAGAAAAUGCCCGGGUAGUGCUAGCCACAGAUCCUGAUGCAGACAGACUGGCAGCAGCAGAACUUCAGGAGAAUGGUUGUUGGAAAGUUUUCACAGGGAAUGAGUUGGCAGCUUUGUUUGGAUGGUGGAUGUUUGAUUGCUGGAAGAAAAAUAAAUCAAGAAAUGCUGAUGUGAAGAAUGUUUAUAUGUUAGCCACCACAGUCUCUUCUAAAAUUUUGAAGGCAAUUGCACUUAAAGAAGGAUUUCAUUUUGAAGAAACAUUACCAGGCUUUAAAUGGAUUGGAAGUAGGAUAAUAGACCUCCUGGAAAAUGGGAAAGAAGUCCUUUUUGCAUUUGAAGAGUCUAUUGGUUUUCUCUGUGGAACUUCAGUUUUGGAUAAAGAUGGGGUGAGUGCAGCUGUUGUGGUUGCUGAGAUGGCAUCUUACCUGGAAACCAUGAAUAUAACAUUGAAACAGCAACUGGUUAAGGUUUAUGAAAAAUAUGGCUAUCAUAUUUCAAAAACUUCCUAUUUCUUGUGUUAUGAACCACCUACCAUCAAAAGUAUAUUUGAAAGGCUUCGUAAUUUUGAUUCUCCAAAAGAAUAUCCAAAAUUUUGUGGAACAUUUGCUAUAUUGCAUGUACGGGACAUUACCACUGGAUAUGACAGUAGCCAGCCUAAUAAGAAAUCAGUGCUGCCUGUGAGUAAAAACAGCCAAAUGAUUACAUUUACUUUUCAAAAUGGCUGUGUUGCUACCCUUCGGACAAGUGGAACAGAACCAAAGAUAAAGUAUUAUGCAGAGAUGUGCGCAUCACCUGACCAGAGUGACACUGCUUUACUGGAGGAAGAACUGAAGAAACUCAUUGACGCUCUGAUUGAGAAUUUUCUUCAGCCCAGUAAGAAUGGACUGAUCUGGCGUUCUGUUUAGGGGUACAGCAAUACAUCAUGACACUGUGUGGGCAUAUGGAACAGAGCAACUGAGAACUGCAUACAUUGAACCUUGUGUUAGCAUUCUCUCUCUAUCUCAUCUGGCCAAGUAUCUUUUUCCUUUUGUUUUCUUUCUUUUUGGUCAGCUGGCUAGACUAAACAAAGCAUAAGUUUGAAAUGAAAUGGUCUAGAGGGAAAUGAUUCAAAUUUUUUCAUAAUUCAAACAAAAGUUAUUACACUAAAAAUAUUAUAGUAACGUAUUGUUCUUCCGUUAACAGAAACAUCACAAUUCAAAAGUGAGUUUCCUUAUUAUAGUGUGAUUAAGCCUAGUUCUGUAUCUUGUAAUUGUGUAUAGCAUGGUAAAAGAAAAAAAAAGACAGGUAAAUGUUAUAUAAUUAUAGGGUUAGUUAAGGAAAUUAGUCCAUAAAAUUGGCAAGAAAAUGGUACUUUCCUUGAUUGUUAUGAAAAAGUGUCAUUGUGACAUCACAGGUAUUAAUUUACAAAUUAGAGUAUUUGAAAUAGGAUAUUUAGCAUUUCUGUAGUUUAAAACAGAUGUUACAAUGUGUGAUUUUGGCAUGUCUGUUUCAGGUGCCCUUGGUGCAGUAUAAAUUUACUGUAUGUAUUUAAAAUUCUGACGUUUACUGAACAUAAAACAAUAGUGGCAACACUCCUAUUGGCUUUGUUCUUGUCAAAUUUCUCAGUGCCUUCUCAGGGUCUGGUAUGAACAGAAAAAACAGUGUUCCUGCAUUUACCAUAAUUCAAUCAGUCAAUUUUCAGAUAGCUAAGGAAAAUCUUCCAAAAUCUGUAGGUGCUUCCUCUAUAUCAAGUGAGUUUGCUGAUUUUAAAAUCUUAGGAAUAUAAAUAAAGAUCUUAAUAAAAGCAGGCUUAAUGUAGUUAAGGAUCUUCAUAUUAGAAUUGUGUCAUUUAUCAAACCUUUUAUUACAGAAAAAAAUCUGAACUGAGAAAGGAGCUCUGAAUUUAUUUGACAGUCUAACUUCUGAAUUACAUUUUUGUAAGUAGAUUUAUUCUUUUAUUUUAUGAAGUAAUGUUAAUUUUACUAAGAAUAAAACAUCCAAAUUUUAAGUAUUAUGAAAUACUAAAACUACAUGUUUUAAAACAGAGGUCAAGUUUAUUCUAACAUCUUGCUGACUUCUAUAGAAUUUCUGAUUGCAUGACUAUUAUUUAUCUAUUUUUAGUGUAGGAAAUAAUUUUUUUCAAAAAGUCACUUUUGGGCUGGGUGCGGUGGCUCACGCCUGUGAUCCCAGCACUUUGGGAGGCUGAGGCAGGUGAAUCACACGGUCAGGAGUUUGAGACUAGCCUGGCCAAUAUGGUGAAACCCCGUCUCUACUAAAAAUACAAAAAUUAGCUGGGUGUGGUGGUGGGCGCCUGUAGUUCCAGCUACUCGGGAGGCUGAGGCAGGAGAAUUGCUUGAACCUAGGAGGCUGAGAAUGCAGUGAGCUGAAAUUGCGCCACUGCACUCCAGCCUGGGCAACAGAGGGAGACUCCAUCUCAAAAAAAAAAAAAAAGUCACUUUUGGCUGAUCAUGCAGUCUUCUGAAAAGAUUUAAUAGAGAAAUGCUGUUUAGGCUGGGCGUGGUGGCUCACAUCUGUAAUACCAGUGCUUUGGGAGGCUAAGGCAGGAGGAUUGCUUGAGGCCAGGAGUUUAAGUUACAGAACUAUGACCGCACUGCCGCACUGAAGCCUGGGUGACAGAGUGAGACCUUAUUUCAAAAAAAAAAAAAAAAAAAAGAGAGAGAGAGAGAGAAAAAGAAAUGCUGUUUAAUCUUCUUAAAAUGUAUCUUGUCCUACAUAGUUCUCAGAAUACACAUGGGGUAUAAUUAGGAGAUAACAAUAACAAGACCUAAACAAAUUGCUUAUAGGAGAUAGCACUGUAAUUAGAGAAUUUAUUUCAUAUAAAAUAAUAUUAUAAAGUUUAAACUAAUUAGAAUGUUCCCUAAAUCAUGGUUUAGUUUGUUGCAGCUAUCAGCUAACAUUUGGUUGAGCUCAUAUAAUCCAAACCUAAUUGUCCAAAUAUUGUAUUGCCACUAUUGUUAAUUUGUUCCUUCCUUACUUUCUUAUUGUUGGAUCUUAUAUGACUAUAUGACUGUAGAUAAUAGACAGCUAGCUAAAUGUAGAGCACCAUUUUUCUCAAUGAGUUUGUUUUCAAAGGCUUUGCACUGGAGAAGAAAUGUGUAGAAUUUUUGUUUUAUUUUUAAAAUGUGUAAAACAUCUUUUGUUUUAUAUGCUUUUGAGAAUGUAGAUUGUAAUUUAGGAAAUGGUGUAUAUUCUGCAAAGUGGUAUAAUGUUGUAUAUAUGAAAAACAGGUAUAUUUGGUUUAGUUCUGUGUUUCAGUGACUGAUAAACAAAAAUGAAGCUAAAAUGAAUCAACGGCUCAUUCAUAGUUACUAAAGCCAUGUCAUGACUGUCAUUCUAUUAUGAAGAGAACAGUUUUAUUUGAGUGCUUUAAUAUAAUGCAACAUUUAAGUCAUCUUAAGGUGAAAAGUUAUUGAAGUGUUCUUAUCUCAAGUUAACAAAAUUUUACAAAUGUUCCUGAAGUGUAUCGAUUGAGGGAAUUAUUUUAUUCUAGCCUGUCAUGAGUCUGUCUGAGCAUGAUACUUAACAUGAACUUGAUGUAGUAGGUGCACAUUUGCCUAACAGGAUAAAUUCAGUGAUAGCCCAAGCUGGCCAGGAGAGACAGAAGUGCUGGCUAGGAGGUCUCAGCCUCAGGCACUACAUUGUUUAUCUUUUUCUUUUUGAACAAUAUUGUGAAAAUGAUUGCAUUCUCAUUGAGCAUGAAAGUCAAAACUGGAAUUUUCUAGAGCUUUGGAGAAAAGGAGAUAAUUAGUAGGGCAAGAUCAAAGCAUACAUUGGAAAUAAACAGUAGAAAUAAGCAAACAAUAUAAGGAGACACAGGAAAUGCUUCUUGUGAAGGGCAAAUGUAACACCACAACAGUAGGGAAUAAACUGUGUCCCACCUGUUUACUUGUGUUUAUUUGUUGUUAUGAUGAGUAUGCACCUACCAUUUUCCUUUAUUGUGAUCACUAAAAUGAGGCCAAGGUUUAGGAGGUGAGAAAAAGUAUCCCUUUUACAGAUUCAGUUCCUGCUAGGAUGUUGUAUCAGAAUCAUGUGAGAACUCAGGAAGAGAUAGAGCAGAAAUAAAAAGGAAGAAAAUGUAGAUUAGAAAAUAAGACUUCUGAGAAAAAGUUCAAGGAAUAAAGAUUGUUUGACUCUGGAGAGGAGAAAGCUGUUGAGAUAGUUUGCUAAGUUUGCUAAUAAAGCUUUAUUGAGUCUUUUAUUGAAGGGUUCAAAGUAAGAAAUACUAUGCCAUAGUGUUCUCCAUCUCUAGUGAAGACAGAACCAGAGGGAAUAAGGAUCUUUUUUUUUAAAGACAGCAUGGAAAGUUUAAGAUUUAGGAACUUCUUGAGGAUAAAUCUUCAUAAUAUCUUCUAUUCAAAAUCUUUUUUUUAUUUUUAAGGGAAUAAAAAUUUUAAAAAUUAAGAGAUAUACAGAUGACUUUUUAAGGGUCCUGCUUUCCAGCACAUUUUUUUAAAAACUCAGGUUAGAACAAAAAUGUCAUAAAGGGCACUAAAAGUAACAUUUGGGUUUCGCUCCAUAUCUAGAAGAAUUUAGCUCACAAAACAAUUUUUGUGUGUUUUGAGUAACUGAUGCAUAAGUGCAAUGAAUAAUUUACCUGCUUCACUGUUAUUUUUAAUUUAACCUGGCAAAUUAAGUGAGACUUGAACAAAAUUUUGUUCAUCUUGAAGAAUGUAUAGUGGCUUAGGUUAUUUGAGGUUUUCGUUUUGAAUAUAUAUGUUGUUAUUUGGAUGUAGAAACUUUAGCAGAUGGAGAGGUUCUAAAACAUUGGAUACUUUGGAAUGUCUUUAUAUAGGAAAUACACCUCCCAUUUCUUAAGCAAGUUGCUUCUGGAAUUGAUGCAACAGGGAUAUUAGCUGUAGUUUAAUGGAUAAGUUGUUCUAUGAGCUGCUGCUAUCAGUAUUUUUUUCCACAUUUUCCAUUGAUAUUUGUGAUGCUUGAAAAAUCCAAACAUCACUUGGAUACAUUUAAUUUUAUGCCUUUUUCUCUCUACCUCCCUCUUUUCCUAGGCACCCUUGCACAUUUUGUUACUGUGAAGGACUAUUGCCCUGUUACCUCACUGAUAAGAAAUCUCAACUGUAUUCAUUCAGAAUUCUUUAAGCUUAGUCAUAAACUACAUUUGUCUAUGGACCUUUGGUUAUUUUGUUAAAGUUGUCAUUAUAUUUAAGACUUAUUGUAGGAAGUAAUUUUAAAUCUAUUUCAUAACCUGUUUUGGUCUGUCUGCAUACUGCUAUAUGUUAAUUUAUUACGGCCUUUUACAAUUCACUUGUCGUCUGAGAUUGCCCUAGAAACUGAUGAGGAAUGAGUCGUACUAACCAAAAUGAAUGGGCAAUUGACCUAACAUUCUACUUCAGGUUUCCUUGUACUUGCGGAGCCAAAGCACAAGAUCUAAGGAAGUCUUAUUCACAUUUGUCCCUCAGAGCAUCUUACCCUAAGCCAUAGAGAUAUAAAUAGUAAGAUGAGAAUUGCUCAUUGUCUGACUCCUUGCACAGCAUGACUUUAAUUCUAGUUGGAAACAAAGUUAGUGUUGACUAUUGGUUACCUUAAAGUAUUCACCAUACUAUACAUUCAUUAGGCCAUCUUUCCUCUUUGUUUAUUCAAGACUAUGUACUUAUAAAGGAGAACCUAUAAGAAUGUGUAGAGUGACCAAAUAGGGACAAAGUGACAUACCUAGAGUUUACUGCUCAAAUUUUUCCACUAGCGUAACCCUAAAGCAGAGGGGCAUGAUGAAGGGGGAAGGGGUUCUGAGAGCAAAAUCAGAAGCAGCCUACCACUGACAUGAAGUGUGUUCUGCCUUUAAAAUGUAAGUGAAUUUUGCAUUCUCUAUAAUAAAACUUUUAAUAUAAAAAUGAUAUGUUUAAUCUUUACUGAAACUUAUGCCACCACAAAGGAGCACCAUGUUCAUCACGUGGCUGCUCAGUUUUCUCCCCCAAUGCCCUCACCCCCAGUGGCUGCAAAUCCUUGAGCUACACACACUGGCUGUAGUGCAAGAUAUAUAAACAUAGGCCGGGCUCAGUGGCUCAUGCCUGUAAUCCCAGCACUUUGGGAGGCCGAGGCAGGCGGAUCAUCUGAGGUCGGGAGUUUGAGACUAGCCUGACCGACAUGGAGAAACCCUGUCUCCACUAAAAAUACAAAAUUAGCCAGGUGUGGUGGCACAUGCCUGUAAUCCCAGCUACUCGGGAGGCUGAGGCAGGAGAAUCGCUUGAACCCAGGAGGUGGAGGUUGUGGUGAGCCGAGAUCGCGCCAUUGCACUCCAGCCUGGGCAACAAGAGCGAAACUCCAUCUCAAAAAAAAAAAAAGAUAUGUAAACAUAGAACAUAACUAGACUAUUUCCUGCCCUUAGAAUCUGACCUUCAGAAGGAUUAACGCCAAACUAAACUGACCUGAAACAGUUUUGUUACUAUUGGCAUUCCUUGACUAAGAAGGACCACCUGAUUCUCAGUCCCGAGAGUAGGAAUCGUGGUUUAUUAUUUUUCAUAUCAUACCACCUAGUUCAGUACCUGUUAUAGAGUAUUUAAUUGCUGAUAAUAGAAAUUAAGGGAUUUUUAAAAGUAGCAAAUAGUUUAAGGAACAAUCAAAAAAUGAAUUUUCUAAUUCAGUUUUUUGAAUGAAGUCCCAUCACUGAACUUUAUAAUGUAAUGUUUAUUAAGCAGACAUCCCCUUAAAUACUCAGCUUCUUUGGAGAGAGCAAAGCGUAUCUCUCUGUGGAAAUUGUAUAUAAUGCCUGGUAUUUUACACUCAAAGCAAGGUGUUGGCCAGGAAGGUAAAGAAAUGGUGUCUAUGUAGACUAAUACCACUAGUCUAAGUGUCAUUUUGAGCCUAGUAGCACUACCUUCCAAGUGAGUCACAACUAAUUUGAUCCUAUUUGGUAUGUUUUUGUCCACUGUUAUGAUUCAUCAUGUAUCUUACAAGAGCCACUCAAGCAAGACUCUGCUUCUGUGUAUGGUGAGGCCUUGUUGUUUCUAGGCUAGAAUAAACUCUUUGUAUGCCUCAUUGAAUAUGCCAGAUAAAAUAUAUGCAGUCAAGAAUGAAUUAUUUUUCUGACUAAAGUGUGUAGCAGUAGUUCAAAAUUGUGCCCUUGUUUUAAUAGUUUCUGUCAAUAUCUUCUCAUUUUUCCCUACAAAAACACCAGGGUGUAUUAUAAGUACUGCCUGUGAGAAUUUGCACUUUAUGUAUUUGUGUGUGGAUUUCUUGUGGUUUUAGCCAAAUGGAGUGUUAUCAGUAAUAAACAGGUCUCUUCAUAGG